GUGGGCGCAGUUCUACUUCCCACGUUUGGGGACGGGAGAGGGACUCUGUCAGAGCACCGUCUGUGUCAGCACCGCUCCAGUUUGGUAGUGAGAAGCCAGAAAAACCAAAUUUUAUUGGGGUGUGUGUGAGGACCAAGCUCUGCCGCCCCGAGGCCCCGAGGCGGGAGGGGCGCGGGCCGCGCUGCCCUCAGGGCCGCCUCAGCUGGCGGGGCAUGGCGGGGACGCACCCACGGGGCUCGGCCUGAGGACGAGCGGCUCUGCCCCAGCCCCGGGCCGUCUGCCCCGCUGCCCCAUGGCCGUGUCUGUGUUCUGCAACUCCUGCCUGUGCGAGCCCCGCGCCCCCACGCCGCGGUUCUGCCUCACCAGCUGCGGCCACGUUUUCUGUGAGGUUUGCCUGCAGAAAGGCAAAAAAGAUGAAUGUUUGGUCUGUAAGAGGGCUUGUCGUACCGUAGUCCUUUCAAAAGAGACAAGUCCUGAUAUUCAAUCACUGUUCAUGCCAAUAGAUGUGUUAAACAAGAAAUACUCAAAAGAAAUAUCACAGGUUUCAGAAUUUCAAGAAAAAUAUCGUAAGCGUUUAUUAAAAUAUCACAAACAAAAGAUAGCAAAGCUGGAAGAGUCUCUCAAGAAAGUAACACAACAAAUUCAACAGAUACAAUGUAUGAAACCUCCUGAAAAAACGACACCAUUUUCCAGUACAAGCAGAAAUCCAUCCAUUCCUUCAAGAAAACAGAAUGUAUAUUCUUCAUAUUCUCUUCAUUCAAGUCGCCCUUCCACUUCUGAAACGACUGAGGCAAUGGAGAUUGAUCCUGUACCUUCACCAAUGAGGAAACUGGAGACACCAACUGGUCCAACAAGAUUAUCAGUAAUAACUCCACCACAGGAUGGACGUAUGGCAGGUAGUGUAUCCUACAGGAGUCCUCAGAUAGCUCUAAUAAGGCCAAGUCAGAGUACUGGAGCAGGAUCUACAAGAUCCACCCCUGUGGUGAGAUUACCACAUAGUGCUUGUCCAUCAUCAUCUGGAUCCCAAAGCAGUCGAAGGGGAUCAUGGGCUAAUUCUGAUUUCAGAACUCCUCAGCUGUACCCAUUUACAUCACCUUCCCCACAGCUGUCUCUGCCUAGGCAGCCAAUCACUAUCUCUGGACUUCUGCAAAGACAACAAGGAUCAACUAAUUUAGGAGGACGUUCAGCAGAGAGAUGAGCAAACAUCUGUGAAUUGUUUCGGUUAAGAAGCAUCUGGAGAAGCACUGCAUAGUCUCUGGAUAUCAAAGUAUUUGUAACUUCCAUAAUAUGUCAAAUUGGCAUAAACCAGCAAAUUGUUCAGCAUCAAUACUGUAUUUAAAACAUCACUGAUCUUUCUGAUUAACAUCUACUGAAGUUUUAGGUGGGAAUACAAAAUUUUCUUGUUUUUCGAAAUUCUGGCUUCAAAUACAUUGCAUGAAUAAAAGUUCUUUAUUACAUAAGUGUUAAGGCAAAACAUGA